AUGAAGAGCCAGUCUGCUGCCCCUGGGGACAGCGAUACAGAUGUGGAGGGGGUUGGUGUGAAUCCAGAUGUUGUGGGUCCAAAGAGCCAUCAGCCCAGCGUUGAGGUGGACAGCGAUACAGAUGUGGAGGAGGAGGCAGCAAAUAAUCCAGAUGUGCAGAAGAACCAUCUUCAUACUCUCCCUAGGGGCAGAGCGACAGAUGUGGAGGGGGGAGUGGAGAAUCCAGAUGAUGUGCAUCUUGAGAGCCAUCACUCUGCCAAAAAUGGGGAGAGCGAUACAGAUGUGGAGGAGGUUGCAGAGAAUCCAGAUGUUGUACAGAAGAGCCAUCAGCCCGCCAUUGAGGUGGGCAGUGAUACAGAUGUGGAGGAGGAGAAAGCAGAGACUCCAGUGGUUGUACAGAACAACCAUCAACUUGUUUCCCCAGGGGGCGGAGAUGCAGAUGUAGCGCCGGUGGUGGGAAAACCAGAUGUGCGACAAACGAACAAUGAGCUUGCUGCCCCUGGAGACAGUGAUACAGAUGUGGAGGAAUCUGAUAGAAAUCCAGAUGUUGUCACUGCAAAGAGCCAUCCCCUUGCUGUUGAUGUGGGCAGUGAUACAGAUGUGGAGGAGACUGGGAAUCCAGAUGUGGCUACAAAGAGCCAUCCACCCGCUAUUGAUGUGGGCAGUGAUACAGAUAUGGAGGAAGAGGAGGCAAAGAAUCCAGAUGUUGUAACGAAGCAUCAACAUGCUCUCCCUGGAGACAGAGAUACAGAUGUGACGGGGACAAUGGGGAAACCAGAUGUGCAUCCUAAGGGCCAUCGGCCUGCAGAAAAUGAGGACAGCGAUACAGAUGUGGAGGACUCCAUGGGGAAUCCAGAUGUUGUACAAAGGAGCCAUCAGCCCACCGUGGAGGCAGGUGAUGAUACAGAUGUGGAGGAGGCUGAGGAGAAAUCAGAUGCUGGACGACAAAACGACCCUCUGCCUGUUGCCACUGGGGACAGCGAUACAGAUGUGGAGGAGAAUCCAGAUGUUGGCCAACAGACGCUCCACUUGCCUACAGCCAGUGGAGACAGCGACACAGAUGUGGAGGGGGCUCCCAGGGUAGAGUUCAACCAGGCGCCAGGUCCUGUGGGGGGCCCAGCCCAGGCGGGUGGGGAGGAGCCACCUGCUCCCCAGUCCCAUAUCAGCCCAGAGACCAAGUUGAUGGACACGGAGGGAAACAAGGAGCCAGCGUGGGGCCCAGCCCAGCCUGGAGACGACAGCGAGACGGAUGUGGAGGAUGACGCUGAUUUUGCCCUGCAGGCCACGCAGUGCUACCUGGUUGAGGAGACCCCGUCCUCGGGGGCCGAGGCCGCCAGAACCCCCGCGGCAGCAGAUUCGGGGAGCGGCCUAGAGGAGGAAGCCACCCAGACGUUUGUCUUCAGAUCGCCCCUGCCUGCAAAAGGGUCCGUGAUGUCGCCCCCUGCUGGCCCAGCCCUGCACCCUCCAGUCUGCACCUCUUCAGAGAAGGAGGAGGACUCGGACGAGGAUCUGUAUGUUGUGGAGGCGACUCAGUCGUUCUGCGAGGACCCCGGGCUCCACUCGGACCAGCCCACCCAGCCCUUCAUCCCUGAGGAGGACACCCAGCUGCUGCCCCGCCCCCCGCCACCAGGGGGAGCCCUGUCUCAGCCUGCAGUACCCGGCCCAGCCUCUGGGGGGCUGCUGCUUGGCACCCAGGACCCGGCAGUUGCUCCCCUCAGCCCCAAGGAGGAGUCAGAGCCCCCUGGCGGGGCACUGCCAGCAGGGGGCGCCGGGAGGGAGCCGCCGGAGGAGGAGGAAUCCCAGCCCGUGCGCCUAGUGCUGAGCGCUCCCCGCAGGCCAGCCCUGGCGCUGCAGGGCGAGGGCGGGCGGGCAGGAACGGAGCCCAGGGGCAGCAGCUCUGGGCACCGCCUGAGAGGGCAGGGUGAGUGAUGGAGGUGUGGGGAGAGUGAGUGUGUGACACGCGUGGGGCGACAUGCCCGGUGCUGUGUGUGUGCGACAUGUCCAGUGCUCUCUGUGUGUGGAUGUGUGCGUGACACACCUGGAGCGGUGGUGCUCUGUGUGUGACACUCUGUGUGAGUGUGUGUGUGUGUGCAAGUGACACCUUGUGCAAGGAGGGGGGUGUUGCUGGCAGUCACAUGAUGUGCCUUGGCAGGCAGCGACAUCUAGUGGCAAUGAAGGGAAUUGCAGUAGCUGGCUGGAAUUAAUUCAUCCUCUUCUCCAGGUGGCCCGGAGGCUGCGGAGAGACGGGCGACCCCAGCGGUUGUCGGGGUCACGGGGGCUGGGCCCCACCCCGCGGGGGCACGGCCUGAGGAUGCUGGGAAGGUCCCAGAGGCUCAUCACAGUCCCUCCACCCCCGUGAGGCGCCGAAGCCUGCGAUCUGCUUCGGUUCCUGCUCCCCCACCACCAGCCCCUGCCCUGGAGAGGCGGAGCCAGCGGGGUGGGGCAGAGAAGGCCGUGGGGUCCGGAGAGCCCAGCCAGCCCACCCUGGCCGCCCCCCAGCGUAGGGGGCGGCGCCAGCUCUGCA